UGUUCUCAACCAUGAGCCAACAAACAUUAAUAGCACACUUUCAUGUGAUACCCUGUAUGCUCGGUCAUAAAACAGGGAUUUCAUAAAGCAAAGCACGGAUUUUCAAUCGUAAAAGUGGAAUACUAAGAAUAUAUAAAAUGAAUUCAAGAACUGAUUGAUCUGUUUCCUUUCUUCCCCCUUUCCCGUUUCCUCUGUGGCACUGAAGUUGAAUCACAAUGGGAAAUGAAAGCAGUUCUAUGGGUGAUCAGGAAACUUCAAGGUCACAUAAAAAGAAGAAAGGCCCCCUAAGUGGAUCUCGUUCAAGUAAAUAUGGCAAAAAUGAUCAGAAUGUGAAUGAGGAGCUACCAGGUUUGAAGAUUGCAGGAACUACCAGUGACCAGGCCUUGCCAUUGCAUACACAUCCUGCUCCCAUCCUUCAAGGAAAUAUUGCCCAGAAUCUAAGUCCUUCUCCUGAAUUUGCCUCUUCACCACCUCCACAUGAAAAGGAUGCUGAGAGUAUAAUUUGCACAGUAACAAGAGGUGCAUUGGAUAACAACAGCCUGACCACAAGUGCUUCCUUGGCGUCUGAAAGGAAAGAACCAGUUCCAUAUCCUCUUCCUGCAUCUGUUGUUCCUCAUCCUUCAAAGCAUACCAAGCCUGCUGAGCCACCAGAUGAUGCUACACUACUCCAGAAUCAACUUGAGCAGAGUGAAUUAAGGGUUUCCUGGUCUUCUGAAAAACAAGCGUUGGUUCCGCCUCCGAUUCCAGCAUUUGUUGCUCCUGAUCCCCCACAGCACUCUGAGCACCCUAAGCUAUUGUUUAAUGCUGAAGUUUUCCAGAAUCAGCUUCCACAGACUCCAAUAAGUGUUCCCUCGACUUAUGAAAAGGAAGAGUCAGUUUCGCUUCAGCCAAUUGCACCUGUUGCUUCUCAUCCUCCACAAGACGUACAGUGUACUAAACCAUCAGAUGAUGCUGAAGAUUUCCAGAGUCACCUUGAACAGACUCCAUUAAGUGUAUCAUUACUUAGUGAAAAGCAAAACGAUUUCCCACAUCCACUGUUUGCAGUUACUCCUCACAUUGUUUCUGCCGAGACUGUACAAGAAUCCUCUGAGCAAAUUGCUAACAGCAAUACUGUGUGCAGUGAUAUUACAGAGUCAAUUCCUCUUCCUGCUUCUCCUUUAUCCAGCGACACAGAUGCUGUUGGUGUUGAACACAUUUCAAUAAGUGUUCCAGUGCCUUCUGAAUGUGAACAGCCAGUUCCUUCUCUUCCUCUACCUUUACCUCUUCCUCUGCAAUCUGAUGAUGCAGAUAAACCAACCACUGACACAACAGGACUACAAAAACACCUUUUGAGUGUUUCUUUGUCAAGUGAUUUUGAAGAACCAAUCGUUCCUGUUUUUUCAUCUGUACCACCUCCUCUUUCACCUGAAGGGAGUAACAAUCUACAGGUUGAUGUGACAGACUUCCAGGAACUUGUGAGGAGUUCAGACUCCGAGGGAGCAUUUGAGACUCCUGAAGAGACAACACCUGUCAAAGUGCCUCCGCAGAGCUCUUCUACUGCUGCUGAGAAGGAAAGCCAAGAACAGCAGCCUUCAGUACCGUCAGUGUUUUUUCCUGAUGAUAAUCAGGCUGUUGUCACCCCUGAAACCUCACUCCAGGAAACUGAUUCCUUCAGACCUCUCACUGAGUCAGCUUCAAUUGUCUUUGAUGAAGAUAAACCAAUAGCCAGCAGUGGAGCUUAUAAAAUUGAUUUUGAUAGUCUUGAUGUUUUGGACUCUUUCCAACCUCACUCCUCUUUGGAUGCAAGCUCACCUGUGAAGUCAGAAGGUUCCAAAACUUGUGGACAGGCUUGUGCGAAGUCAGGCAGUACCAGCUCACCACCACCACAAUCUCCACCAUUCACACGGAAAGCUGAUGGAAUUAGCGAUGUUAGUCGCACAGAGCAUGGGGAUAAAGCUUUGCAGGCAGAGGCCUUUAGCAUAGCCUCAGAUAAUGUUCACAGUGUUAAGAAAAAGAAACCGAGACCACUGUCUUUAAAAAGAAAGACCAGAUCAGAGAAACCAGCAGACACACAACCAGAUAAAUCAACGGAGGCCCCAACAGCAGCAGAAACCCAUGCAAGGCCAACAGUACUUGAGAGUAAUAAAGACGUCACUACAUCUCAAUUACCCGGCAACAGUUUACAAAGUGCUGUAAACCAACAGGACUCUCCCAUUACUCAUCAAGUGUCCUGCAGCUCUGAUGCAGAUAAUCUUUCUGAGCGUAGUCCGUUUGCUCGUGGAGAUAAACAACAAAGUUUACCAGCUGCACAGAGUGAAAGUGAGACUUUUACUGUAGUUCUAAAAGAAUCUGACAAAAUAGCACCUGAGUCUGGACCAAUUUCAGAUACUCCAGCCGUGGGCCAUGCAGUGAGGCUGGAAUUUGAUUACUCUGAGGAUAAAGACAGUUUUGAAACUGAACAAGAUAAACAGCCUGUUCCCAAGAAAUUUGGCAAAAAAUCUGGUGGAAAGAUGCCACUUAGAAAGCCAAAGAUCGGAAUCAAGAAGGUUCCUACAGUUGAAAAGGUGGACAAUGCUCUUACUGCUUCAUCUAAUUCAACUGCUGAUCCUGAUGAUAUCCCUAUUCCAAAGACAACAUAUUCAUUUGAUCCUUCUAAAUGGGAUGACCCUAAUUUCAACCCAUUUAGUAGUAAUGUACAGGUUCCAAAUUCUCCCAAGUUGCCUCAUGCUUCAUUCAGUUUUGACACGGACAACUGUGAUAACUCUGUGGACCCAUUUAAAUCUAUGAAAAUCUCAGGAUCCCCUUCUCAUUCAUCUGCUUCGUUUGAGGUGAAUGAUGACACUGGUACAAGUGAGGGGGAUGUUAAUAAUAAAUCAUCAAAGAAGAAGAGGCUACCUUUAAAAACAAAUACUUUUAGGGUGAAGAAAUCCCCGAAGCGUACCUCGCUAUCUGAAACAUCCUCACAGGAAUCAACCCCACUUACUACACCUGAGACUCAACAAGUAAUUGGCACAGUGGAACAUGCCACUGAUGAAGAGAAACUGGCAUCUUCCGUGACAAAUCAGAAAUGGUCUUACUCUGGAAUACAAACCGAACUGGAAGAAGAUAAAGCUGAUUAUCCUCAGCCUUCGGAUCUUUCAGCCUUUGUGAAUGAGAAUUCUGAAUUUGUAAAUGAGAACUAUUCUUCAACGGUGCUGGGAUAUGAACACUCAUUAGACAUAGAGUACAUGGAAAAACUUGGUUCAUCAUCGCCGCAUCAUGAAACAAAUGCAAAGAAGCAGUCCAUGUACUUAAAGAUUGAUUCGCUGAAAGACAGUCCAAUAAAAUGUCCUGCUGUCAGGUUAUCUGAUUCGACUACUCCUUGUUCAGGCUCAAGUUUAGAUGAUGCAGAUGAUGGUUUGCCUUCUGCAGCAAAUAAACUUUCCAUCACACGACCUUUGGCUGCUAGCCAAGAGGCACAUUUAGAGUCAUCUGAUAAAGUGAAAGACAAAGAUUCCCUGAACUCAUCUCCAGUAAAAUCAGACCUGGCAACUCCUGAGGAACCUGUUGCCUCUGCAGAUGCCUUGUUAAGUAGGAUUAUAGGACACACAGAUGACGAGCUUGACUAUCUACAGCCUGACACAGCUGAAAAGAACCCUUCAGCAUUUGCGUACAAGUUACAGAUCAGAGGGAGGAGUACAGCCCGAAGACAAUGGGCCAAUUUUGGUUCAUGCUUACAACAAAGGGACAGUACACCAUCAAUGGACACUCCCAUCACAAAAGGUGUACUGUACUCUCGGACUGGUGACGGUGAGGUUGAUGACGCUCAAGCAGAUGGACAUCAUUACAGUCAAAGAGAUUUGGAUUCUGCUCUGAGAACAGCCAGGGAAGAGAUUGUUGCUCAGGAAAGAGAAGCAGCUGACUGGAAAAGGAAAUACGAUGAAAGUAGGCAAGAGGUUGUUGAGAUGAGGCGGAUUGUUGCAGAGUAUGAGAAGACCAUAGCCCAGAUGAUAGAGGAUGAUCACAGAGAAAAGUCCAUCUCACAUCACAAUGUACAGCAGCUAAUAAUGGAAAAAGAUCAGGCCUUGUCUGAUCUGAACUCUGUGGAGAAAUCUCUCGCAGACCUCUUUAGGAGAUAUGAGAAGAUGAAGGAAGUGUUGGAGGGGUUCCGAAAGAAUGAGGAAGUGUUGAAGAAAUGUGCCCAAGAGUAUCUUGCCCGGGUAAAGAAAGAAGAACAGCGAUACCAUGCUCUCAAAAUCCAUGCAGAGGAGAAGCUUGACAAGGCUAAUGCUGAGAUUGCUCAAGUACGAGCCAAGUCCAAAUCAGAACAGACAGCCUUUCAGGCCAGCUUGCGGAAAGAACAGAUGAAAGUCGAGUCACUGGAGAGAACUUUAGAACAAAAGAAUAAGGAAGUAGAAGAACUGACUAAAAUCUGUGAUGAACUGAUUGCCAAAAUGGGGAAGAGUUAAUGUUGCCUAUUUUUUUUUUCAAAGUAGGGAAAAAAUACUGAGUGCAAUAAAGCCAGUGGUGCAGUAAUGUUGGCUGACCUAUGUGAACACUGGGGAUUUCACCACAUUUUCAAUGCACUAUAUCUCUUUCCACGGAGGACUGUUUAAUGUAUGUAGCAUACAACUGGCCCAUGGAAGUUUUCUUUUACUGUCUGCUGUAUUGUAGUAUGGCACACAACAAAUGUUAUGAGUUCCUGUAUCAGGGAGACUGGUUCUUUAAUGAUUAGAUGAGAUGCAUUAGAUAUUAAGAUGGAUUUUUUUUUGUUUAUUUCUUUUUAUGGGCCCCCUCAUGUAUUGUGUCUUCAAAGUUUCAACUUACUGUACAUUACAUUACUGCAAGCAGAGUCUUGCAAGUUUUCAGUGAAGCCUUAAGAGUCUAGACUUGAUCUGCAUUAUGGAUUUAUAAAAAUGCAUGUGUGUCAAUGAAGUUCUCUAUUGUAAAUAAAUUUUAGUUUAAAAUCA